AUGCUACUGAGCGGAGCUCCCCCGGCCGCGCCCCCGGCGCCGCCCCCGGACAUCUUGGCAGCCUACCGGCUGCAGCGGGAACGCGACUUCGAAGACCCCUACUCCGGAGGGCCGUCUGGCUCUGCCAAUCUCAUCGCCCCUGCCGCCCCCGGCCCCACACCACCCCCGCGCCACGGCUCGCCCCCUCACCGCCUCAUUCGGGUCGAGACUCCUGGGCCCCCAGCGCCCCCUCCAGAGGAGCGGAUCUCCGGACCCCCUGCUAGCAGCGACAGGUUGGCAAUCCUAGAAGAUUACGCGGACCCAUUUGAUGUUCAAGAGACUGGUGAAGGCCCAGCCGGAGCUUCAGGAGCUCCAGAGAAGAUCCCUGAAAAUGAUGGCUACAUGGAGCCCUAUGAAGCCCAAAAGAUGAUGGCUGAGAUCCGGGGCUCCAAGGAGUCAGCAGCUCAGCCCCUGCCUCUUUACGACACGCCUUAUGAACCAGAGGAGGAAGGGACCACCCCAGAGGGUGAGGGGCCCCCCUGGCCCUGGGAGUCCCGCCUGCCUGAGGAUGAUGAGAGGCCUCCUGAGGAGUAUGACCAGCCCUGGGAGUGGAAGAAAGAGCGGAUUUCCAAAGCCUUUGCAGCCCAGUUUGAAGGAUCGGAGAAGAGCUGCCUGUCACCUGGCCGGGAGGAGAAGGGGCGGCUACCUCCCCGACUCUCCGCAGGGAACCCCAAGUCAGCCAAGCCCCUAAGCAUGGAGCCCGGCAGCCCCCUGGGGGAGUGGACAGAUCCAGCACUGCCUCUGGAAAACCAGGUAUGGUACCACGGAGCCAUCAGCCGCACAGACGCCGAGAACUUGCUCCGGCUGUGCAAAGAGGCCAGUUACCUGGUGCGCAACAGCGAGACCAGCAAGAAUGACUUCUCCCUCUCCCUGAAGAGCAGUCAGGGCUUCAUGCACAUGAAACUGUCCCGGACCAAGGAACACAAGUACGUGCUGGGCCAGAACAGCCCACCCUUCAGCAGCGUUCCUGAAAUCGUGCAUCACUACGCCAGCCGCAAGCUGCCCAUUAAGGGUGCUGAACACAUGUCCCUGCUCUACCCAGUGGCCAUCCGAACUCUGUAG